CGGAUUGUAACUCAACAAAUACUCGAAUAUGUGUUUGGAUAAAAGGAGUGAAAAGAGGCAAAAGUAAAAGCCAAGGACAUCGGAAGAAAAUUCAAGUUGCAGACGUAAAUCGGGAAUCCAUGUUGAAUAGACUGAAAUUGCAGCCACCUGAUUUCAGCGCCACUUUCAUCAAUGGCGCGUCCCCAACUAACAUCAGCCCAAACCGUCGUGUCCGUAAUCUUCGCCUUCCGCUCCUCCGCUACGGUUCUCCUUCCGUCCGAUCGGAGUAUGGUUCAGCUUCGCCUCCGCCGCCUUCAUCAUUAUCUGAGCCGUCGGUUUCUACUCAUUAUGUCUCCUCCGUCGGAUCUCCCUCUCUCCAGCUCUCUCAAUGGACCCUUACCAAUCGCCACAUCCUCGUGCUUAACGUCGUCGCCUGCGCUGUGGCAGUUUCAGCAACUUGGCUUUUUCUCUCUGCAAUCCCCGCUCUUCUGGCUUUCAAGAGAGCAGCCGAGUCACUAGAGAAGCUGAUGGAUGUCACCAGGGAAGAGCUUCCUGAUACGAUGGCUGCUGUACGAUUAUCAGGCAUGGAGAUCAGUGACUUGACAAUGGAGCUUAGUGAUUUGGGACAGGAGAUUACUCAAGGUGUUAGAAGCUCAACAAGAGCUGUUCGCUUAGCUGAGGAGAGAUUGCGUGGGUUAAAAGACAUUGCUUCAUCAGCUUCGGUGCAGGUGGUAGCCAGUCAGAAAACUGAAGUAUCAGGGCCAGUAUUGGCUCGAACUGCAAGAAACAUACGGGAGGGAAUUGUAAAGGGUCGAGCCAUAUUUCAAAUAUUUUUCACGCUUACCCGAUUUUCAAAGAUGGCUCUUAACUAUUUUGGGAGUCGAGGUAAGCAGUAGAACCAUGGAGGCAAGCUUUGUGUUAGGGAAGUUAGGGAACAUGUCAUGUCUAAAUCUUGUCGUCUACUGUUACGUUUGUUUGUUUCCGAGUGUGCUGAUUUAAUUGUGUUACCGCUGGUUUGCUAGUAGGCUUUUUGGCACUAAUGUUACUUCAAUGAUGUUAGUUUCAGGAUUUAAAAAAACUCUGAAUCAUUGAGGGUCGAGUAUAGCAACCUUAAGUUUGAUUGAA